CCUGCUUUGAAGUUCCCUUUACAUCCCCAGUAUUUGAAGUGUUCAUGGUGAAAGGCGGUGUGUGUUGGAAGAGGGAGCGGAGGAGCGAGGGGGCUGCGCGCGUUCUGGGAUUUCUUUCUUUCUUUUUUAAUUUCCUCUCCCAUCCUUCCCGCCAGUACUUCCGCGAAUAUUCCUCUCUGGGUUUUUCCCUUCAUCGCGCUGCUGCUGUGAGUCAGCGGGGAGCGCCGAGACUGGUCGCGUCCUCGUGCCGAGCGAGGGGAGCGAGCGCGCAGCACACGGAUCGGCACGCGCAGCGAUGAUGAGCGCACGGGAGAGAAGCCCUCGUCGUUUUGUGUAGGAGCCGCGCGCACGACGCGACACGGCCGGCGGGGAUACGCGACGGGAAACCAGGGAUCGUGUUUGGAUUAUAAAAAGGCGAAGGAAGCGAGGGGGCAUCUGGAAGGGGCGCGCCGUCGACUGCUGCUCUUAUAAUUAUCAUGUGCACAUAAAAAAACGGUACGGUGUGCGCAGAGCGUGUCGAAGCCCCUCGAACCCCGGUCCGCCGCGCUCCAAAUGAGCGAUUCUCUCCGCGCAUCUGAAGCGUACGCCCGCAGUCCGACCCCCGAGCGCUCCGGCACCCACAGCGGCCGUUCCAGCGGCACCUCCGCGCCGAGAAGCUCGUGCGCUCCGUCCCCGCUGCCCCCGUCGGACCCCGUUCGCCAGGCGAAGCGGCUGCCCGUGCGCGUCCUCAGGAUGCUGACCGCGCACACCGGACACUUGCUGCACCCGGAGUACCUGCAGCCCCUGAGCUCGGCGCCCGUAAGCAUCGAGCUGGAUGCCAAGAAGAGCCCCCUGGCUCUGCUGGCGCAGACGUGCUCGCAGAUAGGAAAGCCGGACCCCCCUCCGUCCUCGAAGCUGAGCUCCCUGGCGUCCGGCAGCCUGGGCGACAAGGAGCCUGGCGCUCGCAACUCUGCCUCGGCCCUCAAGCUGGGGGACCAGCACCCUCCCUUGGAGGACAAGUCCAGCUUCAAACCGUACUCGAAAGCGGCUGGAGAGUGUCGGAAGGAUGCCGUGGGCUCCGGCGGCACGGAUAAAGGCGGAUUCCGGGUCCCAGGCGGUGCCGGCGGCGGCGCCGCCACUUGUCCGUCCUUCACCCCCCACGCCAUUUCGCCCGGCGGCCGGGCGGGAUCGCCUCCCCAGCAGCCGCAGUCGCAGCCCCACCGGCAGACGCAGUCCCCCAGCGCCCAGCCGACACAGCACUCCCAGCCUCUGCAUGUGGACUCCAAGCCACCGGGGGCAGACGUGAGCAACUCGGACAGCAGCUGCAGCGGCGGCGGCAACGGCGGCGUCAAGAAGGAAGCGGACCUUUGCAAGGCGAGCGCGGACAGUGCUCAGCUGGCCAACUCCAGUCACGCACGUGCCAGUGCAAACUCCAGCAACGGCAGCUCGGCGGGCAGCCCGCACCAUGACAGCAAAGGCGACGCGCACGCCUCGCAGCCGGGCCUGGGCUCUGGACACGUAGCGCCAGUUUCCCCCUUCAAACCAGGUCACUCUGUGUUCCCUUUGCCUCCCUCCAGCAUGGGUUACCACGGUUCCAUCGUGGGCGCCUACGCUGGCUACCCUUCCCAUUUCGUGCCUGGAUUGGAUCCUACCAAGUCCAGUCUGGUGGGAGGGGGGAUCGGAGUUGCUGGAAAACACCCCAGUUCGAGUCCCCUCACUGGAGCUUCUCCUCCGUCCUUCAUGCAGGGCUUAUGCAGAGACCCGUACUGUCUGACCUACCCCAAUGCGCCCCAUCUCGGGGGCAGCAACUGCUCUUCCUGUGUGCACGACCCCUCCUCCUCGCUGAAGUCGGGAUUUCCCUUGGUGUAUCCAGGACACCCGCUGCACCCGCUGCACCCCAGCUCCCUGUCGUCCAGCGGGACGCCCUCUCUGUCACACCCGCUCUAUAGCUACGGCUUCAUGCUGCCCAACGAGCCCCUCCCCCACGCCUGCAACUGGGUGUCGGCAGCGGGGCCGUGCGACAAGCGCUUCACCACGUCGGAGGAGCUGCUGACCCACCUGCGCACGCACACCGCGCUCCCCGGCAUCGACAGCAAGCUGCUCUCCGCCUACCCCUCCUCUGUCUCCUCAGCUGCCUCCUGCCACCUGCACCUUCCCCCUCCCAGCAGCCCAGGCUCCCUCGCCAGCUCCUUCUCGCUGAGAGCCCCUCCCAGCCUGGGUCUCAGCCGCUACCACCCCUACGGCAAGACCCACCUGCCUGCCUCUGCCUCGCUGCCUAUGCACUCUCUCCCGGCCUCGGCGCCCUACUACUCCCCGUACGCCCUCUACAGCCAGAGACUAGGCUCCGCCUCCGCGCUGGGCUAUCAGUGACAGGCGAACUGCGCCUGGAACGCCUCCGCAGCCGUGCAGGAAUGAUCCUUCCCUGUGCCGUCCGGGUGCCCGUCGGCACACGUCGGGCGGCUGCGUACCUGUAUCAUUUACUUGCACUGCGACUCGUCCGUUCCCCGCUGGCGCUCUAGGCCCAGGAGUGGGACGCGGUGCUGGCUGUACCUGCGGUGCGAGCAAUCUCGGCGACUCGACUGCGGGCAUCACCAGGAGAAAUGGAAGCAUGCAAGCUUGACUCUUUAAGUGUGUGAGAUUUUUUUUUUUCGUUUUUUUUUUUUUAAAAGUGUAUUUAUUUUUCACCGAGCGCUUGGCUUUCAUGAUGGGAAGGUUUAUUAUCCAAAUACGUUGAUCCUAAUAAUUCUUAUAAUGAUGAUUAUUAUUAUACAGUUUUAUAAAUAAAGUUUUAUGGUAUGCAACAUGGCAGAUUUGAAUCGCAAGCUUUGUUCUAUGGAAGCCCCCUUUUUCGUUGUUUUUCACUUAACCGUUCCCCCCUUUGUCCUCCCUUUUUCUUGCUCCCUUUUUCUACGUGGCUCACUGCAGCGCAAAACCAGUGUGCAUGGCAUCACUAACGUCACGUGCCCCGGCUAGGACCUUGGAAAUGCCAUUUAUUUUUUAUUUGUACAGCAGAUAAGAGACAAACAAAAGAAAAAGAGAUGUUAAUAUUUUUUGUAACGUAACAGAGUCGAGAUUUUGGGUAGCUAAUUAUGGGAUCAAAAUGGUAAAAAUACUAAGUGCAAAAACCACACAGGCGAUGGCAACGCUGUCCAUUUAUUGGGGAAGGUCUUAUUUUUGUUUAAUAAAUGAUUCUUGGUUAUAUUU